AUGGCCGAGGGCGGCGGGGGCGCGCGGAGGAGGGCGCCGGCGCUGCUCGAGGCGGCCCGCGCGCGCUACGAGAGCCUGCACAUCUCGGACGACGUGUUCGGCGAGUCGGGCCCGGACAGCAGCGGGAACCCCUUCUACAGCACGUCGGCCGCCUCGCACUCCUCCUCGGCCGGCUCCUCGGACGACGAAGCCGAGCGCCCCGGCCCCGCGCGGGGCCCCGGCGUCCCCGCCGCCGCCGCGCAGGAGUCGGAGGAGGACGAGGCUGGCGCGGGCUGGAGCGCGACGCUGCGGGACCGCCCGGCCCCGCGCUUCGAGGGCACCGGCGGUCCCAUCCGGAAGAUGCCGCCCAGCGCCAGUGCUGUGGACUUCUUCCAGCUUUUCGUCCCUGACAACGCCCUCAAGAACAUGGUGGUGCAGACCAACCUGUACGCCAAGAAGUUCCAGGAGCGGUUCGGGAGCGACGGGGCCUGGGUGGAUGUGACGCUGCCAGAGAUGAAGGCGUUCCUGGGCUACGUGAUCUCCACCAGCACCUCCCACUGCGAGUCCGUCCUCAGCAUCUGGAGCGGCGGCUUCUACAGCAACCGCAGCCUCGCCCUGGUCAUGAGCCAGGCCCGCUUCGAGAAGAUCCUCAAGUACUUCCACGUCGUGGCCUUCCGCUCCAGCCAGACCACACACGGCCUCUACAAGGUCCAGCCCUUCCUGGACUCCCUGCAGAAUGGCUUUGACGCCGCCUUCAGGCCUUCCCAAACCCAGGUGCUACAUGAACCCCUGAUUGAUGAGGACCCUGUGUUCAUUGCCACGUGCACAGAGCGGGAGCUGCGGAAGAGGAAAAAGCGGAAAUUCAGCCUCUGGGUCCGGCAGUGCUCUUCCACUGGCUUCAUCAUCCAGAUUUACGUCCACCUGAAGGAAGGCGGGGGCCCUGAUGGGCUGGACGCGCUGAAGAAUAAGCCGCAACUGCACAGCAUGGUGGCCAGGAGCCUGUGCCGGACCGCGGCCGGGAAGAACUACAUCAUCUUCACGGGGCCCAGCAUCACCAGCCUGACCCUGUUUGAGGAGUUUGAAAAGCAAGGGAUCUACUGCUGCGGGCUGCUCAGCCCCAGGAAGAGUGACUGCACCGGCCUGCCGCCCUCCAUGCUGAGCAGCCCGGCCUUGCCGCCCGCCCGGGGCCAGCACAGCAUCCGGAUGAAGGGGAGCAUGUCCCUGAUCUGCUGGUACAACAAGGGCCACUUCCGCUUCCUGACCAACGCCUACUCGCCCAUGCAGCAAGGAGUGAUCAUCAAGAGGAGAAGUGGGGAGAUCCCCUGCCCCCUGGCCGUGGAGGCCUUCGCCGCCCACCUCAGCUACAUCUGCAAAUACGAUGACAAGUACAGCAAGUAUUUCAUUUCUCAUAAACCAAACAAGACCUGGCAACAGGUGUUCUGGUUUGCCAUCAGCAUUGCCAUCAAUAACGCCUACAUCCUGUACAAGAUGUCGGAGGCCUACCACGUGAAGAGGUACAGCCGGGCCCAGUUCGGGGAGAGACUCGUGCGAGAGCUGCUGGGCCUGGAGGACACCUCUCCGAGCCUCUGA